CCGUAGAAGGGAGGAUUAUGUUUAAUCUGUAACUUAAGUACAUCCCUAACUCUCUGUGUGUGACAGCAGCCAGCUGAGACCAGCUUCUGUGGAAUUGCAUAACCCCAAAAACUUCUGGCUUCCUUUGACUUGAGAAAGUGUUUAUCAUUCUUGCUUCUCUCUGGAUCCUCUCCAACUUGUCACCCACAUCCAUCUUGAACUGCAGUGCCCAGCACUGAACCCAGAAGGCUGUUCCCUGCUGCUUCUUCUUCCUCCUCCUCCUACCUCCCUCCCAAGAUGUCUCAUCAGUGCUGAACGAUGAGCGUUUUAAGUGAUUGGGCCCAGAAUGAGAACAGCUGACACAACGGGGGACUUCCCAAAACGGGAGGCAGAUAAAGCUGUCCCAGACCAGAAGUUCUGCAUUCUCCUGGACCCCUUUGUCCUUGAGGUCCAGCAUCCCGUUUAGAAGCCCAGAAGCAGCAUCGCUCCAUUGUGUGUGGCAGAGAGUUCCAAAGGACCGCGGAGAUCUGUUGCUGGAGGAGCUGCUCUCUGGGAAAAGGAAUUUGCCCUUGAAUCAGCCGCUCCCACCGGCUAUGCCUUUGCCCUUCUUCCUUUUUGCAUUCUCCAGUUAUGUCGCCCAAGCCUUUGGUUCCUGGGCUGUCACGACCCCCGAACAUUUGUGGAGCGUCAAAGACUCCUGCGUCGUCAUCCCGUGCACCUUCAGCUACCCCAGCGACGUCGCUGUCCCAAAUGGCAUCACGGCCAUUUGGUACAAAGAAAACACAGGGCAGAAGGCUUUGGUUUACCACUCAGCAACUCCUGGUAGCGUUGAGGGUGGGUUUCAAGGACGCACAGAGCUGCUGGGAGACCCCCUCCAGCGCAACUGCACCUUGCUCCUGAGGGGUGUGACAACCGCAGAUGCCGGCAAGUACACCUUCCGGUUCGAAAUCAGCGAGCGGAACCGCUGGUCCGAUCAAAAGGGGGUUGAUCUAACCGUCACCGACUCGGUCAACAUUCCCACCAUUGCCUCCCCGGACGACCUUCGCGAAGGGAUGGAGGUGUCCUUCAGCUGCUCUAGCCCCUACACCUGUCCCUAUGACAGCAUCUCCAUGAGAUGGCUUGGCUACGACACGACGACCUCGCUUGUGUCCAAAACACUGCAGCUGGACACAGCAGCAUCACUCAGGAAGCAAACCCUGACCACUUCCUUGUCCUGGAAGGACCACAACCGGGAACUGAGCUGCGAGGUGUCUGUUGGGGAGCAGGUGGCCACGGGAAGAAUCACACUCAACGUGAAACAUCCCCCCAAAGGCGUGAAAGUGUCGCUCAACCCCUCCUCCAAGAACAUCCGAGUGGGCGAUGAGGCAUCCCUGACAUGCACUGUGGACAGCAGCAACCCCGAAGUCACCGCCUACAGGUGGUUCAAAGAUGGAGUCUCCUGCGGAAGCGAGCCACUUAAAACCAUCAGCACUGCUGCCCGUGAGGAUUACGGCCUGUACCACUGUGAGGCAGAAAACUCUGUGGGCACUGGCGUGGCCGAAGGGGUAACCCUCUAUGUUUUCUCGGCUGUGCUGUCCAUCAGCCCUUCUUCCAGUGUCAGGGAAGGGGAGACAGUCACGCUGACCUGCGACGUCCCUGGAGAAGACAAGCAGGAGAUCCACUACAGCUGGUACAAGAAUAACAUCUGGAUGAAGGAAGGCAGCGCCCGGAUCCUGGUCUUCCAUGAGGUUUCGGUGGGAGACACUGGCUAUUACUCCUGCAAGGUGCAAAAUGACAAAGGGAGUGAGACAUCCCAAGCUAUUGGCCUGAGCGUCUUCUACCCUCCGAGGGCCCCCUCCCUCUCCUUGUUCCAGGAGACCCAGGAAGGGCAGCUGGCCAUCAUCUACUGCACCGUCGACAGCAACCCCCAGUCCACCCUGAGCCUUUACCGGGACAAGCGGCUGAUCGCAACCACCAGCUCGCACUCGGCUCCCAGCCAGCGGAUCAGCAUCAGCACCACACGCAACUCUUUGAAGCUGGAAAUCCAGAAGGUCGUUCCAGAAGACCAGGGCGAGUACCAGUGUGUGGCCUCCAACGCGUACGGAAACGCCACCACUGCGAGAUUCUUCGGUGCUCAAACUGCUAGGGUGGUGGCCAGCCCUUCCCAAGAGUUACCCGAAGGCGAGCGAGUCACCCUGACCUGCAUAUCCACCUUGGAGCUGGGAGAUGGAACCACGUACACAUGGUACAAGAAUGCCAAGUGGCUGCAGGAGGGGGUGGAGAGCUCCCUGGUCUUUGCGGCGUUGGCCAGCGGUGAUGCAGGAACAUUCCACUGCGUUGCUCGGAACGAGAAGGGCAGCAGCACAUCGCCAGCCAUCACCCUGCGCGUCUUGUAUGCCCCCAAACAGCCUGCGCUGAGGUCCUUUCUGGAAACCCGAGGAGGACACCUCGGCGUCAUCCAUUGCACAGUCGACAGCGAACCGGCCUCCGAGAUAACUCUGCGCAAGGGCGACACGCUCAUCGGGUCCACCACCAUUGCCCACUCCUCCGCCGACCCAAGAGUGAGCGUGAUCCAGGCGUACAACACACUGAAGGUGACCAUCAAGGGCGUGAGGCUGGAAGAUGAAGGAGAGUACCUCUGUUCUGCUCAGAACCGCUAUGGACAAUCCACGGCCUCCAUGGACUUCACGGCGGAAACUGCAAGAAUCACCGUCUCCCCGUCUUCAGCGGUGCGUGAAGGUGAGGCGGUCCAGCUGUCCUGCAAGGUAAGCAGUGAUAACACCACCUCAAGCAACUACACCUGGUACAAGGAUGGUCUCCCUCUUCCCGAGGCCCAUGGGGAUUUCCUGAAGUUCCAGCGAGUGUCCAGAGGCGAUUCGGGAAACUAUCGCUGCCAAGUGGAGAACGAGAAAGCCAGAAAGAGCUCCACCGCCGCCACCCUGUCUGUGCUGUACCCCCCUGGGAAGCCUCAGGCGUCGGUCUUUGCGGAGACGGAAAGAGGUCGGGUCGCCAUCUUCCAGUGUUCAGUGGACAGCAACCCUCCAGCCCAACUGGUCCUGUAUAAAGGAGGUGAAGUCGUGGCUUCUAGCAGCUCAGCGAACAGUGCAGCAUCCCAGAGGGUCAGCAUCACAGCUGCUCCCAACGCCAUGCGGGUGGAGAUGACAGGCAUUGAGCCGCAGGAUGAAGGCAGCUACAACGUCACAGCCACCAACGCCUACGGCUCUUCCUCCAGGCUGCUGUACUUCCGUGUGCAGACUGCAAGAGUUCUGGCUUCGCCAUCCCCCGAGUUGCUGGAAGGAGAGGCGCUCACCCUGAGCUGUGACGUCAUGGGGUCUGCUCCCGAGGAGUCCACCUUCUCCUGGUACAAAAACGGCAAGCGCCUCCAAGAGAGUGAUGCCAGCACACUCACCUUCAAGGCCAUCACCAGCAGCGACGCUGGAUCCUACCAUUGCAAAGCCCACAUGCUGGAUGAGGCCAGCACCAGCGUCUCUCCAGCCAUCAGCAUAACUGUCUUUUAUCCGCCUCGGAAACCUCAGGUGACCUCCUUCCUUCAGACACAGGGCAGGCAAGUGGCCGUCAUUCACUGCAGCACCCAGAGCGAGCCCCAGUCCGAGCUGGCCGUCUACAAGGGUGGUGAGCUCCUGGCCUCCACCAUCAACUCUGGCAUGGUGGCACCCAACCCGCGGGUCGGCGUAUCAACCUCGUACAACAGCUUGAGAGUGGAGAUCUCCCACGUGGUGAUGGAGGACGAAGGAGAGUACUUCUGCUUUGCUGGCAAUGUGCACGGCAACGCCAGCUCCUCGGUGACGUUCAUCGCAGAGACUGCAAGAAUCUGGAUUUCUCCUCCGGAUGUUCUCGAAGGGAAUGCAGUGAACCUCACCUGUGCAGCUGACAGCAAUGCAGCUGGCGAUCCGCACUACACCUGGUAUAAAAACAACAGGUGGUACGCCGAAGACGCAUCAAAUAUGCUGUCACUUCCCCACGCUACAGUGGCUGAUGCUGGCUCCUACUACUGCACAGUGAAGAACCAGGAGAGGGUUCGGAACUCCUCCUUGGGCACUCUGAACGUCCUCUAUCCUCCCAGGAACGCUUGGGUGAAGUCUUUCCUGGAGACCCAGAAAGGGAUGCUGGCCAUCAUUGUGUGCUCUGUCGAAAGCAACCCCUGGUCUGUGCUCUCCCUCCUCCGAGGCAGCAAAGUCCUUGCAUCAAGCUCUUUCCAAGCCAGCCGGGCGCCAAACCACAGGCUGAGCGCCGCUGCCUCUCCAAACUCCUUGAGACUCGAGAUCAAAGAUGUCGGCCUGGACGACGAGGGGAUGUACGAGUGCCUGGCUAGCAAUGGCAUUGGCAAGACCAGCGCCUCCUUAGACUUCACAGUGGCGAGUGAGUGA